CACCCUGCUGGCUGCAGAGUCAGUCGCUGGUGGCCGUCGAUCGCUCCGCAGCCGCCGAUCCGACUCGCAGCCCAAGCACGCACAUAACGCACACAGGAUGUUUUGGAUCUUGAAGCGCAGCCGACUCACCGGCUCUUCCUUCCUCAACGUCCUCAACAACAACUCCAACGGUAAUCAGGCCAACAACAGCAGCGUCAAAGCGCAGAGCAACAGCAGCAAGAGGGGCUACGGUCGUUUGCCGCACGAGGACCCCGACGACAAUCACAAUACGCAGCAGGCACAAAACUCAAGCGCGACCAACUCGACCGCCACUACUCCGUCGAAUCCGCCUCCAGUCAACCAUCUGGCGCCUGAGCUAUUUGACUUUGAACUCACAGACGAAUUUUCCGACGACUCCGAGUAUGACGAAGCGUUGACCUGCAAUGUGUGCGACAGAGCUUUCAGCACGCCACGGUUACUACAGCAGCACCAGCAGAAGAAAAGGCAUUUCGGCUGCUCGGCCUGUGAUAGCCUGUUCCCGUCUCUAAUGGCCCUCGAGCACCAUAAGGAAGAGUUCGAGCACUGGAGUUCCGCCGACGACUUUCUCUCUGGCGACUCGGAGACAGAGGAAGAAUGCGCGGACCUCGAGCCGUCCGAGGAGGAGGAGCGCGAACGCCUCCUGCUCUAAUCACCGCCUACGCUGCUGCUGCUGCUGGCUGAAAUUCGACGCACCCUUCUGAUCUUUCCAUAUCAAAAAACAGGCUGAACGAAGAGCUAGACAAUUGGAAAAUGAAGUCGCUCCCAUCUGCAAAUUCAAUCAGGAGAGACCCUCUCUCUCUCUCUCUGUCAAUUUCCUCGUACUCGUCGCAUUUUUGUCUCUAUCCGGCCGUCGCAAAAAUGGUCUGAAAAAUGUACGAGUAACAAGGAGAGACAGUUCUCUCGGAAACUUUUCCGGCUUAAUUCCGUCGAGAGCGACUUCAUUCCUGAAAGGAAAAGUUUCACUACAUGUACAGAGGCUCCGCAUAUACCUGGAAGUAUAGCAACGGGAAAAAUGUCGAUUUUGCUGCAGAACGUAAUUUAGCAACAUGCAUUCCCAAUAGCCUCUGGGACUGGCAACCCGUAAUAGCAAAAGGGCCUUUGUUCCCUUAAAAGUUAAUGAAUCAAAAUAUUUAUUUGAACUCUCUCUGUAUUCUACGCUAUCAAUAAAGGGAUUUCUGCGACUAUUGGGAACACCUGAUUCGAAUUAAAAUAAAAAGACAGAUUAAUUAAUCUCUUUGUUAACGUUAACACUAAAUGCAAAAACUCAUGGAUGAAGAUUGAAAAGUCUCAAGUAUUAAAUGGAACAAAUUAGUUAAAAAUCUGUUUUAAAUAAUUUCUUUUCCAGAAAAGAUUAAAUUUACAAUCUAUUUUUUACCCAGGAAUAUGAGCUUUUUUGGCGAGAAUUCGUUUGUCUUCUAAUGGAGAAAAGAUUGCGUUAAAGGGUAAAAUCAAUAUUAUUUUAAUUCUAGGGCCAAAUUUAUUGCAUUAAUUAUUCGUUUUUUAAUUUUUGCUAGUAUCGAUUGAUUUUUUCGGUUUUUGUCACAAAUGCCGGUUUUAAGAUAUAAAUUUUAAAAUCAGAACUUCUUAACUGGUGAAGAUAUCAAAAUUGAAGCUACGAGAAUACGUGGAAUGAAUUUCCGACUGGUAAUUUUGCAUUAACCAACUAAAAUUGAAGCCUAAAUUACAUUAGAUCUGCAUAUCACGAGAUGUACGUUUCAAACUGUCUGUCUCAAGCAUCCGUCUGGUUAUUGCAAAUCAUUUUUCCCGUUUCUAUGGUCGGAAUUUGGAAGCAACUCUGAACUUGCGGCUGCCUCGAGUCGGCCGUCGAGGAAGUUUCGCUGAUCAAAUAGCUCGCAUAUUACUAUAGUCUGUGUAUGAUACACACCCAGUGUACACUUAUGCAUACACACAACCCCACGUAGAUAUGUAUCUGUGAAAUUGAGUUUAGCGAGAUGACUUCCUGCUGACAUCUAAUGAACUGCUGGGACUUAGCAAGGCAGGCAAUCUCGCCGACGUCGGCCUUUGUGGCUUUGCCUGGGGAAAUAAUGAGGCCAACACACAAAUUGAAUGCCCGCUUUGCGCAUGACGCGCUUUUUAUGCGAUGCGCGUCUCUGACAUUCGAAUAAAUACAUAUUAUUUUGGCUGUUUAUGUACGCAUUUCAUUUAGUGGAGUUAGAUUAUUUAAGAGAACCACACAAUCUAAAUGAGACUUUCCAAUUUGAUCAACUAACCGUUUAUUUAGUCACUCUGUUCCACAGUUAACAAGUUUGGAAUGUCAUUAGCUAGCUAUGUUAAUUGAAUUCAUUUUAAUUUAUAAAUCAUUUGUGACUUGAAGCAACAAAAAGAAGCACAACGUGAAAUUUCAAAAGUUUGGCUUUAAUUCUUUUCAAGAAUUUCUCUCAGAUUUAGAAUACAGACAGCGAGAUGCGCGAAGUUAUGAAUGGAUGCGUGGAGUACGAGCGCAUGAUUUUAUUCGUGGUCUCACGACACCAAUGUAUAAUAUUAAAGGCUAAUUAAUCAAUCAAAGAGACACGUAUUUUUGUUCCCUUGAGCAAGAAAAGGAAGAGUGUGAAACUUCAAAUCGUUUGCUUCACUCAAAAUCGGAGAAAAUGCAACGCAGAGAAAUUAUACAUUUUCUAAAUUUGUACAUAAAGAUGCGUAGAGUCGAGGUUAUCAGUAUUUUGUUUUAUGAUACGGGCUGGACCUAAUGUUAUUGCUCACAGGAGGAGAGUUGGACGUGGAGAAAAUGAGGUUAUUUUUAGACCUUUAGGAGAAUUGAAUCAGGAUCAGUGUUCCCCUUCCUGUACCUGAAUGUCGGUAGCAGGACCAUUCACGCACGCAAAAUUAUAUCAAAUAAGUGUAGCGAUUUUUUCGGAGACUUUCAACGUUUCUGUAAAACUGUUGUUUGUAUAUUCAACUAUGACAAUGUUGAUUGUUAAUAAAUUCUCUAAGUGUACCGCGAAUCACGAAA